AUGUCAUCUUGGGAACAGGAGAUUGGUUAACCACUGAGAAAGAAACCAAAAUCAUAAUCGAAUUUGGUAAUGCUAUCAUCUCCAAAUUAUCUAUCUGUAUUUAAAUUUAACUUAAUUAGAAAAGAGAACUAUAAGGCAGAUUAAAUUAAUUUAACACUAAGGGGAGAAAAUUGUGAUGAUCUUUAUUUUGAAAAGGUAAUUUGGAAGAAAAAUGGCAAUUGGAAUGAAACAAGUACUAUUGAAAUAGAGCCAGAUUGUCAAGAUGUAUUCAAUUAAAUGAUGGUUGAAGUCUUUAAUUUUGGUUCCGCAGAUUAUAAGGGACUGAAAAGAAUUAGGGUAUAUGGGAUUCAGGAUGGGUAAUUGUAUAGUUAGAGGAAAAAUAAUGUGAAAUAAUUGAAAAAGCAAUCAAAGAGCAAGUAAUAGCAGAAGGGCGAUUCAUAAGAGAAGAGUUAGCAAAGGGAGAAGAUCUAAAAAAUGAAAAUAAAUGAAUCCUCUCUCAAAAAAAACAAUCAAUGGGGACUAUAUAAUAGAGCCUAAAAUCAAGUCAAUAAAGAGUUUGUGUUUGUGGAUCCAAGAGAGAAAUUGAGGAAUAUUCACAAAAGCCCUUCUCCAAUUAAGGAAGAAAGUCAGUAGUCUAGUUAACAUACUUAUCAAACGCCUAAGCGAUCUGAAACACCAGUCAAAAAGGGGUGUAGCAUUAAUGAAAGGCAUAUGAUAAGGUACAAUCUUAAUCAAAUUGAUAAACAAUUUUUGGAGCUGCAUUAAGAAUUAUAAAAAAGCUCGGGUAUUGGGAAAGAAAUGUAACUAACCUUUGCUAAUUUUGAAGUCUACUGGCUUUAAUGA